AUGGACAUAUUUUCAACGGAUGCCGAUGGUGGCGUUUCUUCUGUGGAUGUAGUUAAAAAGCGUACGGUUCGGGGACCACUUUGCUUGGCCUAUUGGAAACUGUUGUUCCUGGAUAUGUUCAUGCCACGAGGAUAUCCACAGAGUGUUUCACCGGAUUAUUUGCAAUAUCAGAUCUGGGAUACGGUACAGGCUUUUGCAAGUUCAAUGAGCUGGGCUCUGGCCACCGAAGCUGUUUUACGUGGCGCCGGUGUAGGAAAUGAGAUCUGGGAUACGGUACAGGCAUUUGCAAGUUCAAUGAGCUGGGCCCUCGCCACCGAAGCUGUUUUACGUGGCGCCGGUGUGGGAAAUGAGAAUGCAUCAGCACUGGCAGCAACAGUGGCUUGGCUGUUGAAAGAUGGCUUGGGAAUGGUAACACGAAUAUUGUUCGCAUGGCUGAAUAGCCCAUAUCUGGAUGCAGAUUGCAAGCAGUGGCGCCUUGUUGCUGAUAUUUUCAAUGAUUUGGCUCUCUCGCUCGAUCUAGUGGCCCCCAUAUUUCCACACUUUUUCACGCUUAUUGUAUGUUUCUCAUCGAUGCUGCGUGCCAUCGUUGGAGUAGCUGGUGGCGCCACUCGUACCACU